CUUUCGCAAGAUACUCUUUCAUCAUGCGCUUUUCGCAACAUUUAUCGCUGUUUUUCAGUUUGACAUCGGUGGCCUGGGCGCAGACCACGACAUCUUCAGCAUCAUGUCCGGCUGUUCAAUGCACCCCUGGGGCACAAGCUAGUAUUGCGAGCAGUCUUAAUGGUUAUGCCCCGGCCUCAUCUCUCUGCUCUGCCAGCUACGUGACUAUCCAGACAUGUGGUGCUGCCGUGCCCACGUCGACCAUCAGCACCAUCGUCUCGACAGUGACUACUCAAGUGGUCGCCCAAACAGCAUCAGUAACCGUCACCGGCACAACGAGAACGUUCACAUCGACAGUCAGCAUCACGCCCAGAGCGACUGUCACGGUUACGAGCAGCGUCACGAAUGGUUUGACUACGACAUCUACUGUUACGAUCUCUGCUACUAUUACUGCGUCCAAUCCGAAUAAGAAGAGACAGGUUGUUACUCGUUCUGGUAGGAUUAUUCUUCCUAUCAUCCUUCCGGGUUCGACGACUUUGUCGAGGAGUUCGUCGACGACGACUUCGUUGACGACAUCAUUGUCGACGUCCUCAUCGAAAACCUCGUCGACCACCACAUCGACGACGACAUCCUCAUCGACGACCGUAUCAAGGACAUCAUCAUCGACAACCACAUCGACGACCCCAUCCACAACCUCAUCGAGAACUUCAUCGACGACCCCAUCAGCAACUCCAUCGACGACUUCGUCGACAACCUCAUCUAGAACAUCGUCUUCGACAACCACAUCGACGACCUCAUUAACAACCUCAUCGAGAACUUCAUCGACGACCCCAUCAGCAACUCCAUCGACGAAUUCGUCGACAACCUCAUCUAGAACAUCGUCUUCGACAACCACAUCGACGACCUCAUUAACAACUUCGUCGACAACCUCAUCGAGGACAUCAUCGUCGACCACUACAUCGACAAUCUCAUCGACAACCUCAUCGACAACCACAUCAUCGACAACCUCGUCAACAACCUCAUCAACAACCUCAUCAACAACCUCAUCGACAGCCUCAUCGACAACCUCAUCAAUCGAUCGACAAUCUUCCAUUCUCAGCAGCCUGCAAGCCAGCCAAUCCGCAGCAUACAUUGCCACAGUAUGCACUUGCCUGAUCCAACCUUCCGUGACAACCAUCACCACCACUCCCACAGCGACCGUCAGUCCAACAAGCACAGUCACCCAAUCUAUUACAUCCCAAACCACCACCACCUCCUAUCCCUCCACAACCCUCACCAUAACAAUCACAGCCUCUCCCAUCAUCACCAGCACCGUCAAUUUUCCUGUGAUCACGACAGCUUUCACCUCUGUCGUCCUCACUACGACUACGACUACGACAACCGUCAUCGCCACCGUCGCAAAUAUCAAUUCUUGCACCCCUCUUGGCCCCGGUCAAGCUUUUGAAGGACAAUGUGGCCCGAAUGCGGGACCGGAUGCUGCUGCAGGGGGAGUUUGUGGAUGUUUUCUUACGACGGGUAAUGGGGGGUUUUGCUCUUCGUAUUAUGGCGCCUGCGGAAGGGAAUGUGUGCAAAAUUCGGAUUGUGAUGCUGGAUUGGAAUGUCUUGCUGCGAGUGAGACGGAUUGUGGAGGCGCGACUUGUGGGACUGCGCAGGAUCGGACGGAGUGUUUUACUUCUUCUUCUUCUUCUUCUUCUUCUUCUUCUUCUUCUUCUUCUGUUGAUGCGGCGGUGGAAGAAGGUGGAGGGGUGGAGAAGAGAAUGUCUUUUCUUCAUCAUCCUAUGGGGUUCAAGGCGUUUGGGAGGGUUGGGGGGAAGGUGAAGGUUAAGGUGAGGCAUACGGAGCCGUCGGGGAGGUGGAGGGGGGAGGGAGAGGAGUGAGGAGGGUGAGGAGCAUUGUGAAUGAGUGAACGAAUGAAGAUUUUCGGUUGAAAGAUAUAUAUAUGUGUACAUGAAUG